AAGCAGCAGCAGGCUCCAGUUUCUUUGAACUUCUUAUUUUCAUAAGCAUAAAACUCAUGUGCAUGGAACUUUUUCUUCACUUAAGGUCCUUCAGCUAACUUUCAAAAAAUGCUCUCUUGGCAUGGUUUGUGGACCUGGGACUUGCUGCUACUGCUCUUUGGCUUGUCAAUCCAUGCUGGUUCAGCAGCUCAGAUCAUAGAAGAAAGAGGUUCAAAAGGACAUCUUGACCUCACAGAGUUAAUAGGAGUUCCUCUUCCUCCUUCUAUCUACUUUGUCACCGGCUAUGGAGGGUUUCCAGCUUACAGCUUUGGUCCAGAUGCUAACAUUGGUCGAUUGACAAGUGCUAUAAUACCAUUGCCUUUCUAUAGAGAUUUUGCUAUCAUGGUUACAGUGAAACCAAACAGUGAUCAUGGAGGAGUGCUAUUUGCAAUAACAGAUGCAUUCCAGAAAACUAUUUACCUGGGAAUGAGACUUUCACCAGUUGAUGACAACACCCAGAGAAUAAUAAUGUACUACACAGAGCCUGGUUCCCAUAUCUCCCAAGAGGCUGCUUCAUUUAAAGUGCCAGUGAUGACUAACAGGUGGAACAGGUUUACAGUGACUGUUCAGGGAAAUGAUGUUGCUUUGUUCAUGGACUGUGAAGAAUAUCAGAGAAGUCAGUUUCAAAGGUCAGCUCAAGCCUUAGUAUUUGACUCUGGCUCUGGGAUAUUUGUUGGUAAUGCAGGAGCUGCAGGAUUGGAAAAGUUCACAGGCUCGAUUCAACAUCUGAUAAUAAAACCUAACACAAGGGCUACUGAAGACCAAUGUGAAGAUGAUGAUCCUUAUGCUUCAGGGGACCUCAGUGGCAACGGCAGUGUUCAAGAACAUGAAGGUAUACCUGAGACACAAGAAGUCCUUGCACCUUCUCAUCUUCCCAUAUGGCCUGAAGAUAUAUUGACUGAGCCAGUGGAAGCCCCCCCGACUAUAUUGUCUUAUUUGGAAGAAAAAGAUUUCUCUGAAAAUCACAGCUCAGAAGAAACCUCUGAAGCAGCCCAACUUAAAGAACAAGAGUCAGCUGUCACAGAAACUGGACAAGGCAACAAUGAGUCUACCACUGUCACACAGAAAAGCUUAAGAGAAGAAGAUGGCUCUGGUGCUAUUGUUUUGCAAGGAAUAAGCAGAGAAGAGGGUAAAAAAGGACUUCAGGGAUUACCAGGACUGAAAGGAAAAGCAGGCCUAAAAAGCAAAAAGGGUCUUCCUGGGCCACCAGGCCCUCCAGGACCACCUGGUCUUCCAGGAAAGCCAGCUCCCAGUUCAGGAGUAGGACCUCCGGGCAUAUCAGGUGAAGAUGGACCUUCUGGUGAACCAGGCCCCGAAGGCCCUCAUGGUCUUCCUGGUCUUGAUGGAGUGGUUGGCCCUCCAGGACCAAAGGGAGAAAAGGGUGAUACUGGAGUCACUGGACCAAUAGGCCCCAGAGGAGAAGCUGGUGCUGUUGGGUCUCCUGGGAAACGUGGACCACCAGGACCUCCUGGGCCCCCUGGGCCCCCUGGACCUCCUGGACCCCCAGGACUCAGCUACAGUUUGGCAUACGAGGACAUGGAAGGAUCAGGCAGCAUUGGCCUGUUAAGUGAAUCCAGAAUUCCAGGAUCAAGACAGCCAAAGGGUCCAAAAGGUGAGAAGGGUGACCAAGGACCUCAGGGUGAACCAGGACAAGAUGGGAACAGUAUUGUGGGACCACCUGGACCACCAGGACCACCAGGACCAAUCCUAGCAAUACCUGAGCUACUACUCAAUGAUACAUAUGGAAUUUUUAACUUUACUGGAAUUGAAGGACUACUUGGGCUUCCAGGCCCUCAGGGACCAAAGGGUGAUACUGGUUUGCCUGGAUCACAAGGAUCCAAAGGACAACAGGGUGAAAAGGGAGAACCAGGUGCUACAGUUGCUGCUGAUGGAUCUUUAACUGAAAUACUAGGAAUAAAAGGGGAGAAGGGUGAAGCUGGAGUGGUGGGACCAGUGGGACCAAUGGGACCAAUAGGACCUGCUGGACCUAAAGGAGAACUUGGUUUUCCAGGACGUCCAGGCCGCCCAGGACUGAAUGGACUGAGAGGUAUGAAAGGUGAUCGCGGCAAAACAUUUACUGGCCCUCCUGGCUUGCCUGGACCCCCUGGACCCCCUGGUCCUCCAGGACGUAUAGUUUAUAUCAAAGGAACUGUUUUCCCAGUGUCUCCCAGACCUCAUUGCAAAAUGCCAGUGAGCACUCCUUAUCCUGGAAAUCAAGCAGCUCUUAAUUUCCAUGGUGCUAAAGCAAGCAGAGAUUCCUGGGGGCUGCAUAGUCCAGUGGACUUCAAAGGAGAAAAGGGAGACAGAGGGGCUCCAGGACCACCAGGUCCACCUCUGCCUCCAUCAUAUUUCAGCCAGUUUAUGAAUAGCAUGAAGGGUGAAAAAGGAGACAAUGGAGUCACUGGUGUAAAAGGAGAAAAAGGAGAACCAAAUGGAGGUUUUUUUCUUACAGGACCUCCUGGACUACCUGGAAGACCAGGAUUAGUUGGACCAAAAGGGGAUUCAGUUGUUGGACCUAGAGGACCUCCAGGAUUACCUGGCCUACCUGGCUUACCAGGUUAUGGAAGAAUUGGACCUCCUGGCCCACCGGGCCCACCAGGCCCACCAGGACCCCCUGCAAUAUAUGGCUCAGCAGCUGCAAUGCCUGGGCCACCAGGUCCUCCUGGAGAGCCAGGUUCACCUGCAACCAGUAAUCUGGUUAUGAUGUUCAGAAACAUUGAGGGUAUGUUGGAAAAAGUCCAUUUUGUAGCAGAAGGUACACUAAUCUAUCUGAGUGAAACCAGUGAGAUUUUUAUUCGUGUUCAAAAUGGCUGGAAAAAAUUGCAGCUUGGUGAGCUAAUUCCUGUCCCUGCUGACAGCCUUCCUCCCCCAGCCAUAUCAAGCCAUGCAUUUCAGUCUCUUCCAGCUCUGAGUCCAAUAUCAAAUACGAACAAUGGAAAACCAGCACUGCACCUGGUGGCUUUAAACUUGCCAUUUUCUGGUGACAUGCGAGCAGAUUUUCAGUGUUUUCAACAGGCCCAACUAGCAGGUUUGACAUCUACCUAUAGAGCCUUCCUCUCAUCACAUUUGCAAGACCUGGCCACUGUUGUCAGAAAAACAGACCGAUAUAAUUUACCAGUAGUCAAUCUUAAGGGAGAAAUACUUUUCAAUAACUGGGAAUCUGUAUUUAAUGGAGACGGUGGACAAUUCAACAUUCAUGUUCCAAUAUAUUCCUUUGAUGGGAGGAACAUCAUGACUGAUCCAUCUUGGCCUCAAAAAGUAAUAUGGCAUGGUUCAACUGCAAAUGGGAUCCGACUGGUUAGCAACUACUGUGAAGCCUGGCACACAGCUGACAUGGGAGCUAUGGGACAAGCAUCACCACUGAAGACAGGGAAACUUCUUGAUCAAAAAGUGUAUAGCUGUAGUAAUCAAUUUAUUGUUCUCUGUAUUGAAAACAGUUUUGUGUCUGAUCCCCAAGGAAAAUAAUUCGUCUGUUGCACGUAGGAAUAUUCCAUUUGAUGACAGAAAAAGCUGACACUGACAUUUCAUAUGUAAUUACGUAAAUAUUUUAAUUUUUGUCAUUGCACAUUUCAGGAAAAAAUAGCCAAAGAAAGCAUACCUCCACGCAAACUGCAUUCCAGUUAGGUGGAGCAUCCAGUGCACAUGCAGCUUUAAGUCCUUCCACUUGAACUCUACAUGGUUCAAAGUUUGCCAACAAUUAAGUCACAGCCCCUUGUCUUUCUGGCUGAACUGAAGAUCAUUUAAGGGCCCAAGUCAUGUGUAGCCUGCAAGGAAGUUCAAGUAUUCUGUCUCAUAAGCAGUAUGACUCAGCAAGGCUGCUGCUACUUCAUAAUUGGGAAGCUGCAUGCUCUACACUCUUCACUUCCAUAGAUUUUUGAAUACCCAAGGCACUAUUCACAUAUGCGUAUAUAUACAUCCUGCCCCUGAGCAAUUAAUGGGAGACUGUUAUAUCUUACAGAGCUGGAUUUUAAGAAAAAAAAAAAAAAAAAAACAAAAAAAACCACCACUUUAAAAACAGAGGUGCUCACCUCCAUUCAGUUUCAGUGGAAGGUGAAUACUUAACUCUGUAAGCUUGUAUGGAUCACAGCCUGGUGCUAACACAUAAAUUUAGCAGCUUCCACAUCUUACUUCAGCUUUUUUCUUUGCAGAUUUUAGGCAUAAGGCUUUCUGCAGGAGGAGUGAAUUUCACCCAGACAAAAUCUGGUCUUUACUUUGGUGCUAUUGUUACCAGGAAACCUGGAGCAAUGUUAAUAGAAAACAUCCUGUUUUACUGGUAGAACUGUGCAAAGUAAAUGCAGACAAAUGAACCAUCUGACCUUAUUUAUUUCGCUGCAUAUUAGAGGAAGUAAUUUCCUGUUUUGGCACACUGCUGAAUGAAUAAUAUCGGUUGUGGUUUCUUUAAAAUAGGUUCUAGACACUAAGUUAUAUGUAAAGUGAUUGUUCUUUUUGUGAAUUUACUCUGGCAUUCACAUCAUUAAAGAAUUGUUAACAUAAAAGACCAGCAGCAAUGAUAGGAAUUAUCAGUAAAUGCUAAUAAUCUUUGCAAACAGUA